AUGCUGGGAGUGAAUCAGCUGUAUUCUCUACCCAUAAUGCAGACAGCAGCCUGACGUCAGAUCAGCAGCAGCAGCCUUGUCAGAGAGCAGGGAGGGGAGGGCAGAGCCACUGCCAGCCUCCUAUUCCCACACUUCCAGCAGAUCUGGGAGGUGCCUCUAUCUUCCAGGGACCAGCAUCACCUCUAUAAUGAGAUGGAGAGGCUCCUCUAGCACCCCAGCAUCAUUAGAGGGAUCACCCCAGGACCACUGCAGGUGUGUGCAAUCCAUUGUAGAACAUUCAGUCUCUAUCUAGGGUAUCCCUGUAGGGUGGGGGAGGGAGGAAUCAGGUGCAUCGUACAUCACAGAGAGUAGCAAUGCAUCCUUUGACUGAGGUCUGGCCGGCUUGAGAAUGGAUGAAAUACCCCUAUAAGCUUCGUCUUAUGUACAGAUAAGACAAGGGGGCAGCAGGAAGUGUCAGCAUUUACUGUGUAUCAGGUUUAGAUUGUAGUAUUCAUAGAAUAUAUGUAAAUAAUGGCCCUCUGCUUUAUCAAGGUUGCCUGUUGUCACUGAGGACUCUGGGUGAAUAUAUACAUUGUAGCAUCUGUAAAUCUUAUUACCUUGCUUUUUAUUUUUUUGUCAUCUUUGUUUGCCCUCGCUAGAUUUGGUACACCAUCAAGAGCAAGGAUGAUUAUAGAUAAUAUUAUACGUGUAGCGUUAUAUUAGUCUGGGGAAUCUUGUCUUUGCUGAUGGGGAGAGGUGCUGCAUUGCAUUGGCACAAAUCUAAACUCACACAGUGGCAGCAGAAGGCCAAAUCCCCGGGUGCAUACAGUACACCCAUGUAAAUAAUGUACUUGUAACCACAUAUUUAACAUUGCUGUAAAGAGCAAACCGGAAGUAAGUUCAUGCCUGUCUGGUAAUUGAUCAUUUUAAUGAAGAAUUUACACAUGUAACGGAAUCCAAGCUGUCUUAAAAUUAAUGCACCUGAUUCUUCCCAGUGUAGCCAUAGGAAGGGGCCCUAAUAUUAAAAAAAUAAUUCAUCCCCACUCCCCAAGAAAAAAAAAACUAAUUAAAAGACAAGGUUAUAAAAAGUAGUAUCCCAGUUGUACUGCCUGCCACCCCUUGUGGAACCUGUCCUGGUGUCAAGAUGAUGGAGAUACAGAUUGACGAUGGGGUGGUGUACCAGGAUGACUAUUGUUCUGGGUCGGUUAUGUCAGAACGGGUGUCUGGCCUGGCAAACAGCAUCUACAGGGAGUUUGAGCGGCUGAUCCAGUGCUACGACGAGGAGGUGGUGAAGGAGCUGAUGCCACUGGUGGUCAAUGUCCUGGAGAACCUUGAUGCUGUCUUGACUGAGAACCAAGAACAUGAGGUGGAGUCGGAGCUUCUGAAGGAGGAUAAUGAGCAGUUGCUGACUCAGUAUGAACGUGAGAAAUCCCUCAGAAAGCAAGCAGAGGAGAAAUUUAUUGAGUUUGAAGAUGCGCUGGAGCAGGAGAAGAAAGAUCUCCAGUGCCAAGUGGAAAGCCUUGAAUUUCAGUCCCGGCAGCUGGAGCUGAAGAUCAGGAACUAUGCUGACCAAAUUUCUAGAUUAGAAGAACGGGAAUCGGAUAUGAAGAAGGAGUACAAUGCCUUACACCAGCGGCAUACGGAGAUGAUCCAGACAUACGUGGAACACAUUGAACGGUCCAAACUGCAGCAAGUAGCUGGAAAUAGCCAAUCCGAUGGCGGCGUCACAGGCAGAAGUCAUCGCCAGUCAUGGAGAAAGAGCCGAAAGGAGCGCCCAACUUCUCUCAACGUCUUUCCACUGGCAGACGGAAUGGUACGUGGGCAGAUGGGUGGCAAAAUCACCCCAAGCUCGGACCACUGGCACCUGAGUGACCUCAGCCAGCUAAAGUCCAGUUUCAGCUACAAGGACGAGAUGUCUGAGUCUGGCCAGUCUUCAGUGGCAGCUACCCCAAGUACCACUGGUACUAAAUCUAACACCCCCACCUCAUCCGUCCCGUCGGCAGCUGUGACACCGCUACACGAGAGUCUCCAUCCUCUACAGGACUACGGCAGGACGGGCAAAAGCAAGAGAUCACGUGAAAAACGGAACAGCCAUAACAUGGAAGUGCAGGUUACCCAGGAGAUGAGAAAUGUUAGCAUAGGUAUGGGAAGCAGUGAUGAGUGGUCAGAUGUCCAAGACAUCAUCGAUUCAACUCCAGAGGUGGACAUGUGCCAGGACCCCAGGCUGGAGCGCUCAGGGAACAGUCCCACUCAAGGAAUUGUAAACAAAGCCUUUGGAAUCAACACCGAUUCUUUGUACCAUGAGUUGUCAACGGCAGGGUCGGAGGUCAUUGGUGAUGUUGAUGAAGGAGCUGAUCUGCUUGGGAUGGGAAAGGAAGUGGGCAAUCUGCUCCUAGAGAAUUCCCAACUUCUUGAGACCAAGAAUGCAUUAAAUGUGGUUAAAAAUGACCUGAUAGCAAAAGUGGAUCAGCUGUCAGGGGAGCAGGAGGUACUGAAAGGGGAACUAGAGGCCACGAAACAGGCCAAGAUCAAAAUGGAGAGUCGCAUUAAAGAACUGGAGGAGGAGCUGAAACGGGUAAGAUCGGAAGCCAUCGUGGCCCUACAAGAACCUAAAGAGGAGGUGGAUGAGAGCUCCUCGCCCCUGCAAGAUAACAUCCCUAUCGCACAGCGCAGGAGGUUCACACGCGUGGAGAUGGCUCGUGUCCUGAUGGAGAGGAACCAGUACAAGGAGAGGCUCAUGGAACUGCAGGAGGCUGUCCGGUGGACAGAGAUGAUCAGGGCCUCGAGGGAACAUCCGUCCGUGCAGGAGAAAAAGAAAUCCACGAUCUGGCAGUUCUUCAGCAGGCUGUUCAGUUCUUCAUCCAGUCCUCCCCCUGCAAAGAGAACAUACCCCCCUGUCAACAUCCACUACAAGUCCCCUACUCCUGCUGGCUUCAGUCAACGGCGCAGCCACACCAUGUGCCAGAUCUCCACUGGGGGGCGCACAAUCGAAUUCUUCCCUGAUGAAUUGAGGAGUAACACUGUGGCUUCUCUUCUCAGCGACUGCACGUCCACAGCUCGCCGUGAGCAGAAACGCGAGCAGUACCGCCAAGUGCGGGAACACGUGCGUAACGAUGAUGGUCGCCUGCAAGCCUGUGGGUGGAGCUUACCUGCUAAGUACAAGCAGCUGAGUCCAAAUGGAGGUCAAGAGGAUAACCGCAUGAAAAAUGUCCCGGUGCCCGUCUACUGUAGACCACUGGUGGAAAAAGACCCCACUAUGAAGCUGUGGUGUGCGGCCGGAGUGGACUUAACUGGCUGGAAGCCACUUGAGGAAGAGUCUGUUACUGGGAACAAACCAGCAUCUGGCCGGGAUCCUCUGACUUCCGACCGUGAAGUGGAAGGCGAGAGUAAGAGCACGCAUACAUCUCCAGAGAAGAAAAAGACCAAGGAGCUUCAUGAAGCAGAUGCCACUUCCAGCCGUGUAUGGAUCCUAACCAGCACACUAUCUACUAGCAAGGUUGUGAUUAUAGAUGCCAACCAGCCGGGCACUCUGGUUGACCAGUUCACAGUUUGCAAUGCCCAUGUGCUGUGCAUCUCCAGUAUCCCAGCUGCCAGCGACAGUGAUUACCCACCGGGUGAGAUUUUCCUGGAGGGCGAUGUUAACCCAGAGGACUCAGGUGACACUGAUGGAGUCUUGGCAGGAAUCACUAUUGUAGGGUGCGCAACUAGAUGCAAUGUGCCGCGGAGCAAUUGUUCUUCUCGCGGUGACACCCCAGUACUGGACAAGAGUCGAGGGGAGGUCUCUACGGUAAGUAAUGGAAAACUCAACCAGCACCAAUCAGCAGAAGAAGCUACAGAAGCUCUGGAGGUUCCAGAGUCCUCGACUAAUGAAGCAGAGCCAACACAGGUGCGACCGGGACCCCUAACAGAGCAUGUCUUCACUGAUCCAGCACCAGUAGCGAAUGGAAGGCUCUGCAGUGAUUCUGGUCAUCUAAAGCCUGAAGUGAACACAGCACAGCAAGAGAUGGAGCCAAACAAUGAGACCCCAGCCGGUACUAGUGCUGCCCCCACAAUGUGGUUAGGAGCACAGAAUGGCUGGUUGUAUGUACACUCUGCUGUCUCCAACUGGAAGAAGUGUCUACACUCUAUAAAGCUAAAGGAUUCAGUGUUGAGUCUUGUGCACGUGAAAGGACGGGUUCUUGUAGCUCUGGCAGAUGGAACAUUGGCGAUCUUCCACAGGGGAGAGGACCGACAAUGGGACCUCAGUAAUUAUCAUUUGAUGGACCUCGGGCACACCCAUCACUCCAUCCGCUGCAUGGCUGUAGUCUAUGACCGAGUCUGGUGCGGCUACAAGAACAAAAUACACGUGAUUCAACCUAAAACCAUGCAGAUAGAGAAGUCAUUUGAUGCCCACCCCCGAAGAGAAAGUCAGGUGCGGCAACUGGCAUGGAUCGGAGACGGGGUAUGGGUAUCCAUUCGUCUAGACUCCACGCUCCGGCUGUACCAUGCACACACCCAUCAGCACCUCCAGGACGUAGAUAUUGAGCCUUAUGUCAGUAAAAUGUUAGGCACUGGGAAGCUGGGCUUUUCAUUCGUACGGAUCACAGCGCUGCUUAUCGCCGGCAAUCGGCUGUGGGUGGGAACUGGAAAUGGAGUGGUCAUCUCCAUACCGCUGACAGAAACGGUAGUCCUACACCGGGGCCAGCUGCUGGGGCUGAGGGCCAACAAGACUUCUCCCACGUCUUCUGGAGAGGGAACGCGGCCUGGGGGAGUCAUCCAUGUGUACAGCGACGAAAACAGCGACAAGACCGCAGGGAGCUUCAUCCCGUACUGCUCCAUGGCACAGGCCCAGCUCUGUUUCCAUGGUCACCGUGAUGCGGUCAAGUUCUUUGUGUCUGUGCCAGGUAACGUGCUGGCCACUCUGAAUGGCAGUGUGCUGGACAGUCCAUCGGAGAAUACAGGCACCCCAUCCACAGAGAGUGAAGAACAAAAACUCAAGAAUGUGCUAGUGUUGAGCGGAGGAGAGGGGUACAUUGACUUCCGCAUUGGGGAUGGGGAAGAUGAUGAAACAGAAGAACACUCUGAAGAUGGUGGGAACCAGACCAAACUAGUGCUUUCUAAGGCGGAGAGGAGCCACAUUAUUGUUUGGCAGGUCUCCUACAUCCCAGAAUAACUGCAUCUUUAGCCUUUUCCCCAGAAUGCCAAGACCUCAGCUUCCCCGCACUCGCUGGAAAAACCAAACUGGAACGUGGACCUAACUCUGCCUAAUAAUUUCUCAGCCCAUGCUAUGCAGGUCUUCUCACCCUAUAUUUACCUUCUGGUGUGCCCAGCAUCUCCUGUAACUCUUUAGAAAUUCUCCAUAUUUAUGUAUGUUUGCUGCAUUCCAAACAAAUUCUCGCAUUACUCGUACAAAGCCUUACCCAGCGAUAGUAACGAGAGUGGCAGACUGGGUCAUCGAGGGUCUGGGACAAUAAGCCUGGCAGCAUGGUCUCCUCAGCCCUUCUGGCAAUGAAAAGUUCUGGUGGAUUCCAAUAAUGGGGGCGUGGGAUUGAAUGAACGAUGAAUCCAUCAUAUUGCACAAUGGUUCAAGCUUAGGCUACCCUGGAACGGAACAUCCAGUUUGUGAACAAAGCUUUCUGGUUCUAUGCCAAAUCCUUCUCCCCUACGGUAUUUUAUUGAUAUUUAUCUAAUUAGCACUGACAUUUGCUAAAAUAUCUACAUCCCUGAAACCAUACAUAAACUGAAAAUGUUUUAUCAGUAUUUAUGAUUUUCUUCUUUUAGAAAAAGUUUUAAAUGUUGGAUGAAUGUUUUUUUGUUUUUUUUAAAUAAUUUUUCUCUCAAAAUAAAAGUGAUCCAAAUGCCGGGGGCUGUUAUAUCGUUCAAACUUUUUGACAAGACUGCCAAAGUUUCAAUACAUUUGGAGAAAUUCAAGUACGCGCCAGGUCCCGUUGGAGCCUGGAGCUAGAUGCCGUUCUACGCAUAUUUAGUGGUUAUUAUGGUGCCGAAAACAUCCGCAGGUGUUGUGUGCACCUCUACGAGGUGUACACAAAAAUCGGCAAUGUUUCAUACCAGUAAAAUCCUUUCAUGGACGCAUAGAGCCAGGCUCCUUAUAAGACCCCCGCUUUAGUGGCAGCGUGUAUUUGUCACACUCAGACGGUUGUCCUGCAUCAUUUGCAGGAGCAAGAUUGGCCAACCUGUGGCUCUCCAACUGUUGCAGAAUCACACGACUCUGGAUUAGCACAGCUAAGAGCUACGAGUUAUUCUACACUAGCUUCAGCAAAACGCGUGCAGUUUCAGCCAUAGGUUUUGGAAGAUUUACAUACACCUCCCACUAAUGGAGAUGGCUCUGUUUUCAUAACAUUAAUAAUAUAAAUGCAAUAUAAUUUAAACGCCCAAGUAUAUCCCAAUCAAAGGCCGGCUUUUUUUGUUUUCGGAUCCAUCGUCCAUUGGCUGAAAAUCAUUCAUACCAACUUGCAACAGAAUAAACUCCUGGUGUCUUAUGCAUGAACGUUCCAAACUGCAAAUGUUAAAAAGCCAAGAAAGUUUGUGGGCGAAUGGACUGUCACUAACUAAACAUAACGGUGAUUAUAAACUAAAGGCAUCAAAGCUUUAGAAUAACCUGCAUUAUAAGCUUGUCAGUGCAUACUUCAUUGUAAUACUCCUAUUACCAACAGUAGUGCUGGGACUCAACAAAUUAAUCUACAAGUGCUGUUACCCUAGAUGACUUCCCUGCAUGUGAUCCUGUGGCUCCUCCACUGCCAGAGUGCCUACAAUACCCAGUGUUGCAGGACUUUCUGGGAGUUCAGGGGUGGAAAAAAAAAGCACACUGAUCAGCCAGCAAAGUAUACGGUGCUUGGCGCUAACAGCUCAUUCUACCUACGGCGGUGACGUAUGUAAAGAAAGUGUCACAAGGGGGGCUCUCCGAUGUGUCUCUUACAAAGGCUUGUAAACUCCGCAGUGUGUGUCGUUUGUCUUCUGGUCUUAUCGGUGGCAUUAUGUAAAGACAGCUGUAUGAAUAAUGCUCUCUGCUUUCUCUCUAUCUCCCUCUUGUGACAUGAAAACCAUGUAAUUGUUAUGUAUGUAAUAAAUAUAUUACAAAAUGAAAA